UUGAUUGGCUAAUGAUAAGAUUGUAUUGUUGUUGUGGAUUUUGUGUUUGUAGUGGUGUGAACAUGUGGAUGAUAAUUGAUAAUAAUGAAAAUUGUAAUAUAUUUUACAUAAAACUAAUGUAAUAUUCGUGUAGUUUUCUGUUCGUAAUGAGCAAUUUAAUUUGAAUUUCCCUCCUUCGAAAUAAAAAAAUGAGUUCCGAAAUCAAUUCAAAAGUAACUGUUCCAGUUCAUCACAGAAUUAGUAAAUAUUACAAUGUCAUAGUAAAAGUGGACGACGAUGUGUAUUAUUUAGACAAAUUCCAACUGGCCUGGAAAUCAGACUACUUCGAGAAGUUAUUAAUCGAGUAUUCCGACCAACAAGAAUGCAUUUCGGUAGAACUACCUCUGAUGGAUACCAAAACAUUCUCUACCAUAGUGAAAAUUAUAUAUUAUGGGCAGUCUUUGAAGUCUGUCUUAGACAAAUUUAAUUACGUCGAUUUAAUAAUGGCUAUGGAUUACUUAAAAAUGGAAACAGAUCGGAGAACCUACGAACAUUUCAUCGAGCAUCGUUGCAGCCCAGUCCGAGAUGAGAGUUUUAAUCUGAAUAUAAAUGAGAGUAUAUUCAAAUUAUACAACUUCAUACGAGAGAAUCCUAAUUUGCAGUGGUUGUUAGAGUCGGUUUUUAAUUAUUUAUCUUUUCAUUUAGCAGAAAUGCGAAAUUACAAAGAUUCUCAUCUAUGCCAUUUGGUCACAUUAUGCGGAUAAUUUUAGGCAAAAGAACCUUCAGUUGGUUCGGUUGGAGAUAUUCUCCGACUACGAGCAGGAGUGAUGUGCUUCAAGCUUGUCAAUUUUGUUCCGAAUGGAUUUGCACCAGUUUAAAAAACAGGCUUCCUCAUGUAGCGAAGCUCGUCAAUGCUGUAAAACGAAGAUUUCAUUACAUGAAUGAGAUCAAUGAUGACGAUUGUAAUACGAUUUUAAACGAAAUCGCCGAACAAAUAAAUCCCAAAAUGAUGACGAAACAAUUCUACAAGUUUGUGAUUUGCAACGGAGACGUACGAAUAAAUCCAGCUGAGAAUCUACUGGAAAAUGAGAAAGAAGAAGUUUGGACGAAGCGUCGUAAAAAUUAUGAUCGAAAAAAGUUGGCAAAACUCGUAGAAAAUAAUUAUUUUUACGAUAUCGUAGUCAAUGUUGAAGAAAAAACUUAUAAACUUCAUCGAUUUAUAUUGAAUUCAGCGUCCGGUUACUUCGGUGAAAUUUUUUCCACCAAGCAGUCAAACUCCUCGGACGUUCCAUGUGCAGAAAUAUCGACACAGCUACCAAAUAAAAUAGAGACGUAUUCACUUCACGAUGUUGAUCAAGUCACGUUCGACAUGAUCGUCGAAUAUAUCUAUUUCGAUGAAUUACGAUUAACACUCGAGACUAUAACUCGUGUACUUAAAGCUGCCAAUUUCUUGAAAAUGGAAAAAUUAUUUAAUACGUGUAUAUCUUGGAUGAAGACGCAUAUCGAGGAUGUUUGUGCGAAAGUUUUAAUCAUCGAUGAAUGUAUGUCUACGUCGUGGAUCGUAGACAAUAUGGAAGAAAUUGUUUCAAGAUUUCUAACCAUACCGAAUACAGACGAUACAUUGCCUAUCUGUUUAAUUUCUUUCGAUAUGUUGGAAGAUUUACUUUUGUCGUCGACGAAUUGCUGCAAUCAUCCGCAUCGAAUCGUAGACGCAUGUUCGAAAUGGAUUUUCCACGAUGUGAAAAAUCGAUAUCAUUUGAUACCACAAAUCGCCUUUGCAAUUAAUCAUAAUCGAAAUUACUGUAAAAUUGAAGCUUCUACAGAUUUAAUCAACUGUUCAUCGGAGCAACCGAUUCGAGACGAAUUGUGGAAGAUUUUAAAUUAUACUUCAUUGAUACCUUCGAUUUCCGCUUCCGCUGAGAAAAUGCCGAACGGUGGUAAAAAGAAAUGGAAAGAAGUACCUGUGUUUGUCGCAUUGUCCGAGGAACCGACUACAAUUCAUGUUUUGAAUGCUAAUUUAGAAGAAAUCGCCUCAAUGUGUCUUUCACAUUCAGACCUUUAUCAAUUUGAUAGUAUGGGUUAUUACGUUAAUGUAUCUGCGACUUUAAUGGAAGAUAAUUUAUUCAUUAUGUUACGUUUGGAUGAAUAUUUUUUUCGGUUUGGUGUGUAUAAUUUAUCAUUGAAAAAAUUCAUCUCUCUGAAUAACUGUCUAGUAGUGGAAAAUUCAACUGAAUGUUAUCAGAGUACGAAUACGAGCUCGCUGUUGAAUUGUCGAGGCCAAGUUUACUGUUGCUUUAAACACGGCUAUGUAUUGAAGUAUUCGAUGGAAUUGAAUCGUUGGAUGAUGUUUUCGGUGAAACCGGUGUUUUCUGAUAAAUACUCGAAAGGUAAAUACGUAUGGUUUACAAGCGAUGGAGAUAAAUUGUACAGGUUGUAUGCUAACUGUAUUUCUCAGAGUGAGGAGCUGUCGGUUUUAAAAUACGUUGUGGAAGAAUUCGAUUUUCAACAAAACGUAUGGUUGUCUUUGUCAGUUAUUCCAUUUACACAUCCAGAUUCUUUUGUAGUGCAAAAUUUUACCAUCAUUAAAGGCGGCCAACUUGCUGUGUUAUUUACAUCAUGCUUCGUGUCAUUUAACCGAAGUUCAAGAAAGUGGCGUGUGUUCCCUCUUGUGAGCGAUUCUAUCCCUGAUAGAAUGAUUAUGGAGAAAUCGUUCCUGUUGACCCAAUGUGAAGAUAGACUUUUACAUGUGUAGAGCGUCGGAUCCCAGAGACUGCAACACACAAACUUAACCAGGUAACCUGUCGCGGUUACGGGUACCCUGUGUAUGCGUUGUAUCGUUGUAGUCGCGUCCCAUGGUAGAUUCAUACUAAUGAACAACGUCGCGCUUCAUUUUUUGAUUUCAUUUAAUGAAAAAUACGUCUAUCUCUACACUGGAUAAACAUUUUUUAAAUCCUCGAAAUUUUUCAACGAGAAAUUUGCAAUUAUUAUUACGAGUUGAAAGAGGUGAUUUUGGGAUAUUUUGAAUUUUGACGCCCUGAAUUGUAAUGUUGACAAAACAAUGACUAAAGUAGACUACCUACUUAUGUAUGUACUUCAAUUUGAUGAAGAAUGCAUCGCUCAAGUAGGAAAAUUGCAUUUUCAAGCGCGAACUAUUCGGCGAAUUUUUUUCAUUUUGGUAUCAUUGUGUGGUGCUGAAUUUUUUCUACCAUACAGUAUCUUCAAAAAUGUAUUUUGAUGAAGUUUACUGUUUAUUCAAAAUAACGGCCAUUUUGCUCAUUUUUAACCUUUUACAUCUCACAAUAAUGCAUAUUUCUCGAUGAAAAAUUUUUAGGAUUUCAAAAAAUUUAAUAUCAUUGAAAAGCUGAUGAAAUUCUGCACAAAAUGACGCGAUAAAAUGUUGGGGCCCCCGAUGUGGUUUAAAAGUUCUGAGGCGUCAAAGUUCAAAAUAGCCCAAAAUCACCUCUUUCAACUCAUAAUAAUUGCAGAUUUCUCGUCGAAAAAUUCCGAGGAUUUAAAAAAUGUUUAUACCAUUGGAAAGGGCAUAAAGUUCUCUAUAAAAUGGCAUAAUAAAAUAGUGAGGGCGAUCUGGUUUUUAAGUUAUGGCGCGUCAAAGUAUAAUGUAGGCACACCAGUAACCUCAAUCUAGCUACCUUUUUGAGCUUGAAAAAUCACAAUUUUCUCGAUGAAGAAUUUUGAGGAUUUCAAAAAAUUAUAUACCAUUGGAAAGGCCAUAAAAUGCUCUACAAAAUGGUAUCAUAAUAUAGUGGGGUCUUCGAUCUAGUUUAAAAGUUGCAGCGAUUUUUUUAUUAUUAUUCUCUUCUAUUUCCAUCAUAUUUCGUCAAUGCUAUAAAUACUAAAAAUACAUUUUAAUAAUGCCGAGUUGAAAUUAUGUACUUGUGGUGAAUGCAAAUCGUAGGGCAAAAAAAAUAUAUAUAAUACAAUCCAGUGUAGAGAUAGGAGAUAGACGUAUUUUUCAUUAAAUGAAAUCAAAAAAUGAAGCGCGACGUUGUUCAAUAGUGUGAAUCUACCAUGGGACGCGACUACAACGAUACAACGCAUACACAGGGUACCCGUAACAAUACCACCUAUAGUAAAAGGCCUGAGGGCUGUUUUGUGACGUCAUCACUAAUAGACAGUAUGUACUCCGAUAACACUAUAGAAAUGAAUGAAAUAUUAAUGCACUAGAACGAAAUAAAUACCGAGAACAUUUUAUUUUGCGUUUUGAAUCACAUUCUGAUACUUAAUAAUCAAUUUGAGAUCAAGAGGGAAUGAUUUGAAUGGAAAAAUAAGUAAAUAUAAGCUCAUAAUCAACACUGUUUUUAUCAUUAACGAUGAGAACUACACUCGUUUAUGAUCUAAUUUCUAAAAGAAUAUCAAGAAAAACUCUGGAGGAUGACAGCUAGUGUUGGCCUGAGAAUAUUCUCAAUGCGCAUAAUCUGAGAAUAUUCGCGAAUAUUCGCGAAUAUUCUCAAAUGCUUUGAGAAUAUUCUCUCAAAAAAAUAAAAAUCAUGACUUUUUUCAAAAAAUUUGAAGAUUUUUCUACAAUUUUCCACAAUUUACAAGUUUUACAUCAACUUUUCUUUAUAAAUUUCCAAUUUUCCUUAAUAAUUUGAAACCUUUUCAAUGGAAAUUUGGAAAGUUUCCGAUUAUCUCUAAACUAAGCAAUAAUGUUCUAAUUUUUUGAAAAGAAUCUGCGGAAUAUGCGCAAGAAUCUGCGCAUAUUCUUGCGCAUGCGCAAGCAAAAAAAGAAUAUUCGCGAAUUUGCCCAACACUAAUGACAGCUGACAAUGAGGAAUAUAGCAAAGAAGUACAACACAUACAAAUUAUUGUAAAUAUUACCGAAUAUACGCGAACAUAAUCUCCAACUCAAAGACUAAGGUAUAUAAAACGAUCACCAAACAUUGCAUACAUGACGGAGAUUUCUCUCGAAAUUCUUUGCAAACAUUGUAUUUAAGCCUGUUGAAAUCCAUCCUAAGUAUUUUGGAAUUUAAAGCUGCUUCAAUUGGUUUGAGAUACUGAUGAUUUCUUGUUUAAUAUCCAUUAUCCAUCAUAGCAUAGCAGCUUUAGCAUGGCUGGUCUAAGAAGUAGAUUUGAAAAUUAAACUGUAUUGUAGAUUUUUCUCCAACUUGAUGCGAUUGCAUUGUUCACUAACUACUUAUUUCAUUACAACAUCAUUCCGGUACAACACACUAGUACACAUUAAUUUUCAUUUUAAUCUACAGUUUACAUCACUAUUCAUUCAAAUUACACAACACAAACGAGUCGCAAAAAAUUCAUUUUUGUACACAAAUCAAAUAAACCAACACCAUCUGUAAUUGAAAACAUCAGUACCACAUUACUAGAACACAUUUUAUGACAAAUAUUAAUUGAAUUUCAUAAUUUAAAUAACUUUUUUAACGAAAGUUUUACUCAAUUUCACGAAUUCGCCAUUUAAACAUACGUUAAAAUUCAAA